UUUACAAUACAAAUUACGAUGUUUUCAGAAAAUCUUCUUUUAUUUAUUUCUGAAAACUGGGAGAAGUCUCAGAUGAAAAUGAAAUCAUGAUAAUUCUAUGACGUUUUCGUCGAUGUGUAAAUAGGCAAAUACCGUGAAGUAAUUUUAAUGGGAUCUGAUCAAAAUUUAUAUUCUUCUUUAAUGAAUUGAUUCUUCUUAAAUUGUGUGGUGUUGAUUUUUGAUGAAGAAUACAAGUACUCAAAAAUCGAAAGAGUAUUUUAAUUAUUAAAGCGAGAACAUUUGAAAAACUACUCUGAUCUUCCUCAUUAAGGUAAAAGUAAUUUUAUUAGUUAUGGGUGUGCAUGGCUUGUGGGAUGUUCUGGAGCCAGCGGGAGAGAAGGAUGUCUUGGUAACUAUUCUCAAGGGCAAGAUUGUGGCAGUCGACCUUGGUGUCUGGAUAAUGGAAGCCAGUGGAUUGCGGGUCAACAAGACUUACGACUUGCAUACAAGAACAAUAUUUUAUCGCACUCUGUUCUUGCUGAGCCAUGGUGUAAGAUUGGUGUUUGUGUUUGAUGGACAGGCACCGGAUGUUAAACAACAGACACUCCGCAAACGCCAGCAGGCAGCUGGGUCCUCUUCAGUUAACUGUGAAAGACAGAUUUUCUCCAAGCUAAUGACACGGUGUGAGAAACUAGGGAAGAGUCUGGGGAUUCCAUGUAUUCAGAGCCCUGGAGAGGGGGAGGCCAUGUGUGCAUUCCUUGACAAGACUGGGUUGGUAGAUGGGACCUUCACCCAUGACAGCGAUUACUUCUGCUAUGGUGGAAAAACAAUGUACAGGCUUCAUAGCAAGGAAAACAAGUCGUACAAGAUGGAUGUGUAUACAUCAAGUGGUAUAGAGGCUGCCCUGGGCCUGUGUCAGGAUGACAUGGUUGGGCUGGCCCUCCUGUUGGGGUGUGACUAUGACCUGCAGGGGGUACCAGGAGUAGGUGGAAAAAAGGCACUGGCCCUUUGUAAAGCACUUAAGGAUCGGGGAAUUGACUUUCUGAACAGACUGAGGAGCUGGACAACAAACAGUGAGCUAGAUGACAUAGAAAGGAAACUCGAUCAAGCACCUGAACGUAAUCCCCACUGUAAAAGAUGUGAACAUUUGGGUAAGAGAAGCACACAUGAGAAAAGUGGGUGUUCUAUAUGUCGCACCGAGUCUAGCUGUCUGGAGUCAUGUGACAGGAAGUGUCCAUGUGACUGGCACAACCACCACAGCUUCCAACAGGAACACAAGCUGGAGAUCUCAAUCAGGUCAAAGGCCUGCAACUCUGGCAGUAAAUUUCCUAAGGAGGAGGUUAUCACCGAGUUCAAGAGUGCAGACAGUCUUGAUGUCGACCAAACCCAGCUGGCCCCAUGGGGUAUGGAUAUUGCGGCCCUGUCAGUGUGCAUGGGAUGGAAUCAGGAGAAAGUUCUAAAGAACAUUGUGCCUGUUGUGAUACUGUAUCAGCUGCAUGGAAUAUGUGAGGACUGGGACACCAUGUUUACCCCUGUCAGAAUACAGGGGGCCUGUAAAGACAACCAUGUUGAAUGUUAUGAAGUGGAGUGGGAUAAAACUGACAAGAAUACGUGGGCUGGUGAGCUAUAUGCCACUGAUGUGAAGGUGAAGAUCAGCAAACAGCUGUUCUCAGACAAGUUUCCAGCUAUGGUGAAACAUUAUGAACAGGCAAUUGCUGACAGCAAGAAGAAAAAAUCUACAUCUGGAAAAAGGAAGAGGAAGAUGGCUGAGGAUCCUGCUCAGUCCAGAUCCCUUGCCAUUAAAGAUGUUAGGAGAAAGUUGGAGCCAGAAUUUGGCCAGGUUGUGGCCACGGAUAAAGGGGGCAGCUCAGGUCUAGUUCGGGCGGGGUCCAGCCUGGAAGGCAUUUUUAGAGCUCAACAGAGGAGCCCAGCAAAUCAAAGCAUGACCAGCAAGUCAAGGAGAAAACAGAAAAGAAAGGACCCUUGUGUAGGCACGAAUACUUUGCAUAAAUUCUUUAAAUCCUCCAGUACACAACAGGAGAGGGAAACUGCAUCCAGUAGGAAACAUGCCCGAGUAGAGAAUAACACGAUGACAAAGAUUAAAGACAGUCGGGGGAAAAAGUCCCCAACCAAAGAAGUUUUCAAAAUGUCUAAUUGAUGUAGCAUCCGUUAAAGAAAUGGGAUUUCUUUAUGACUUGUUAUUACAUUUUACUUAUAUUUAUCAUGAUUUUUUUCAUUUACUAAUAGGUUCAUUUGUUGUGGAUUUUUUGCUGUUAAUUGAUACAUUUUUUUUUGGUUAUUCUUACAAAAAGAUUGCGAAAAUAUUCGAAAAGAAUAAUCAUGCUUUUGAAACAUGUCAAAUGUACAUGAAAUUAUAUAAAUAAGAUCAUUUUAAUUUUGUUGACAAUUAAUGAACAGUAACAAAAGCUGUACAAAGAUAACAUAUUAAUGAGAAAUAUAUACCAGGGAAUAUAUUUUUUGUUAGACCUCAAUUAUUUUUGUAAUGUCUGAAAAAAGUGACAACCCAUAAACCCCUUUUUCUAGCAUUAAAGUACUGCUCGAAUAUCAUGUAAAUACAUGUCAUUUCUCAAUCUCAACUUAUUUCUCCACAUGUUUUACAUAUUUUUAAAAUUCUCAUAUGUGUAUCAUACAAUAUUAUGUUGAUAAACAUCAUUGCUUAACAUUCUGAAGGAAAAAAAAUAUGCUUUACAUUUGACUCAAUAAUAGCAAAAUUGAACUCAAUUGAUUUACCAUAUUAUACAGUGUAAUUGACGCUAGAAUAGAUACAACGCAGGCAACAAAAAUGGUGUAAAAACGGGUAAAGCCCUUAAUACCAAAGAUAGGACACAGUGGAAAAAUGUCAAAAUCGGAGCUGAAACAUCACCAGCCACUAUAUUUGUUUUGACAACUUAUUUUGGUACCGUGAAAAUGGCAAAGGUCAAUCUAAGCCUUGCGAUAUUAAAAAGCAAAAUCAUAUUUUUCAGCUCUGAUUUUGACAUUUUUCCACUGUAAAUUGUUUGCCUGCGUCCUAUCUAGUCUGGUUUCUUAAUCACAGUAUAAUACAGUAUGCAUAGUUUAUGGCCUAAUUGAAAUAUCAUACAAUAAUUUUUGCCAUAAAGUAUUUAACUAUAAAUAUACUAUUUAUUUAAGACCAUUAAGGAAACAGAACAAUGCAUUUCAUUUUACAUUAUAUUUAAGGUUCAAAUAGUGAUCUCAUUUGAGAAAAGGCUUUGGUAUUUAUAGUGGUGUUGGCUUGUCGUGAAGAUUAAAAAAAUACUUUUUUUUUUUAAUUUUAAUAUUGUUCUUUUACAUAUUUGUGACAUUUUAGAUCUUUACAUAUUUAUGGUGCUACCAAUUUUAAAAAUCCAUUUAUACAAACCUGUUAGUAACAUCACUAUUGAAUUGUAUUUUCUUAAACUAUUUAGUUUUAUUGAUUUCAAAAAUAACAUGUAAGGAAAAUGUUUCACAAAUAUGGCAGCUGUUUUUUAAACGAAUCACAUUUUAACUUCCUAUCACAUGGAACAAAUUUUGACAGCUUUAUAGCUGAAUUCUAGCACUGUGCCUGUAUGUGUGUUUGUACGGAAGUAUUGAUUCAGUAGGAAUUCAUAUUGCAUGGUCAAAUUAUUGGUUUGCAAGUGUCUUAGGUCAGAAAAUACUUUAUUUUGUGGCUUAUUUACCAACUCUUCAAUAAUUAUUGUACAGCUUUUAAUUGAUUUCCUUAACAAUUACAAGAAAUGAACAACAAAACAGCGACUUCAGCCUCUAAGAAUUUUUUUAUAAUACAUCUUCAUUCUUGGAGAUGCUGUUCUUGGCGUAAUGUUGAGUAAAAAUAUUUCUUUAUUUACAAUCAUUUGGUUGUUCGAUAUAUAGGUAAAGCAAGUCGAAUUUAAAAUUACUCCUGACACCCAAAACAUUUGUCUUCUUUCGUCAUUUAUUAAAAUUAAAGCAUAUUAUGUACAACACUUUUAUUGUAUUCUGUGUGAUGGCAUACCCAAUAUUUAAAUCCACUUUUUGGGUACUUGUUAAGCGCUUUGUUGUAUAAACAUAUAUUUACCACUUACACGAAAAAUGCUACAUUUGUAUACUUUAAUGGGACACACAUAGCUUUACAUGCAUACUGUUGUAUAAGCUCCAUAAAUUGUUGCCUUUCUACUUUCAUACAGGGAGUAUAUUCAUGUCAACCUUUUUGAAAAAAAAGCUUAUUUUGAAAACUGAUGAAAAUUUUGGUUUGACUUUAAAGUGAAAUAAUUGUCUGUUUUCCCAUAAUAGCUCCAGCAGCACCCUUGCCAGUUUUUGUUGUCACCUGGUGUGAGACGAAAAUUCCAAAAUAACUGAAGCCAUUUACUACUUUAAUGUUUUAUUGUUAACAAAACCAUUUAUGAUCUUCUGUUCGGAAAUUAACGUCCUCCAAUUUAUCUUUUUUCAGCAAUAAUCAAACAGAUUAUUGUUUUAAAAUGUUAUGUUUGUUUUUUGUCUGUUAAUUGUGGCUAUUCUGAUUUUAAUGCUUUCUUUAAUAGCUUUUAUAUACAUGUGUGCCAACUGCCAAGUCAAGCUAAGUUUAAAAACAUUGUUUAUGUUACCUUGCAAGUUGGGGGAUAGAUUUCGGACAUUAAGUAAGGUUUUAUACAAUUGACCACAGGAAGUUAAAAGAAUGUCCAAUAUCUGCUCUCCAACUGUUCUGUUUCUAAAGAACUCUUGUUAGUGAUUGAUAUUAUUUAUUAAAAUCUCAACUUUGCAUGACCAUGUACAUUGACUGUAUUUCUCACAAAAUUUAUGUAAUUUAGAUAUUUAUCAUUUAGUUGUGCAUGUUUUAUAUAAUUUAUAUGUUUGUAAUUGUUAUAUAGUCGUAAAAAUAAUUAAAAAAUAAAUGAAAUGAA